CAGCACCCGGAUUCACAGUGAUACGGGCGGCCAGGUUGAUCGCCCUGAACGCUGUUCAAGUGUUAUCCUGUCGGCUGAAGAGUCAGGGUGGACGGUUCCUUUCGCUCGGGGUCUUUUUGCCCGCCAGCAACCGAGGUGAUAAUUCUCACGAGGAAUGGGGGGGUUUUCACUUCACGCUCGUCGAUGAGGUUCCCGAAAUGUAAUAUUGGAUACACAGUCUCGCCAAUCCACUGACCCGACAAUCCGUUUACGCAAUUGCAUCCAUCGCCAGCAUGUCUACACCGCGAACGAAGAACCCCGUCCCUUCGUGGAUCGAGAACCCCUACCCACACGUCGAACACAGCAUUGUUAGCUUCCCCCGCAAGCACAUUCUUCAAGUUACAAUCAACCGGCCGGAAUAUCGCAAUUGCCUGCCAGUGGAGGCAACAAUUGAACUCGGUGCGCUGUGGAAGUGGUACGACAGUGAGCCCGAGCUGCGGUGCGCUGUCUUCACUGGCGCAGGCGACAAGGCAUUCUGCGCGGGGAUGGACCUGAAGCAGAGAUUCGACAUCAUCAAGACCAACGAUGUCGCUCACGAGUAUCCUUCUGGUGGCUUCGGGGGGAUGACGAAUAGGACUGGAAAGAAGCCAAUAAUUAUCGCCUGCAAUGGGCAUGCGCAUGGUGGCGGCUUCGAAAUCGUACUCAAUGCCGAUGUUAUUUUCGCGUCCCCAAAUGCAACAUUCCGUCUCCCCGAAGUCCUUCGCGGCGUUUCAGCCCUUGCAGGCGCGCUCCCCAGAUCGAUGCUGCUCUUCGGGAACCAUCGCACAAUGGAUCUUGUUCUGACCGGCCGGACACUCUCAGCGGAGGAGGGUGUGCAAUGGGGUCUUAUCAAAGAGAUUGUCCCCCAGGAUAAACUGCUGGAUAGAACUCUGGACUACGCCUCUGAGAUUGCCAAUUUGAGCCCAGACAGCGUCAUCAUCUCCCGCCUGGGUGCGCGGGAAGUAUGGGAAACGGGCGUGAGCAGGGCUACGAUGAGGGGACAGGAACUGUGGGCAGAAGCCAUGCUGCGAAGCAAGAACGCGAGCGAGGGCUUGGCUGCGUACCGAGAGAAGCGAGAUCCCAAAUGGUUCCCGUCACAUAUCUAGAUUUUAUAAAUAUGCAUUUUAUUUACCCAUAA